UUACACACUUUGCGUGACAGACUUUGUUAGAGGGUUUUGUCCAUAUUCUGUCUUUGACUUUGGUGGUUUGGCUUAAAAAGCCACUGCAAGGCAGGUUCUUAAAAUAUUGAUGCUAAUGUUGUCCUUCAGCCUCUGGUAAAGACACAUUGUGUACCAUAGUUUACUGGGAGGUGCUUCAUUGAGAAAUCAAAUGAUUGUUGUGUGUUUCAGGUAGACAACCCCUAAAACUGCAUCAUCAUGGAUGAGAAUGAAGAAUUUGAGGACGAGUUUGAGGAAGAGGAGAUUUUCGAGGAAGAGUAUUUUGAGGAGACGGUGACUUCGACCACCUCUCACCAGACCACAUCUCGGGCAGCAGCGGUAACUCAACAGCCUGGCGUUCCUGCGAGGAGAGUGGUCAGGAAGAAGGUUAAGGUGGACACCUCCAAGUUCAUGACUCCUUACUUGGCCCACAGCCAGAAGAUGCUGGACUUGUUCUCCUACAACAAGUACCGUCAUGCCUAUGACAAGGCUAAGGGGAAACCCUAUGCCAUCACGGCUGACACCCCUGAGAUGAUGAGGAUCAAGAAGGCUCAGGAGCAGCUGUCUGAGGUGAAGUACCGCAUGGAGGGCAAUAAGGUCAGGUGUACCAGUUUGUAUGAUGGGGAGGCUAGAGAGAUCGCCCAUGUCAAGCAUGUCUCUGAGCUGAUCAGCAAGGUUCUGUACAGGGCCAAGUGGGAUGAGACAAAGGACAGGUACCUGCUGCCUCCUGAUGCCCCGGAACUUGUCCUGGCUGUGAAGAACGCUGCCAACUACAGCAAGAAACUGUACACGGAGCAAUGGGAUGAGGACAAGACCAUGUGCUAUCCUUACAGCGAUUCUCCAGAGCUGCGCAGGGUGGCCAAGGCACAGGAGGUCCUCAGUGAUAUCCUGUACAAGAAGGGGCAUGCUGAGCGAACGGCAAAGUACACAUCUCUGGCUGUCCCUAAUGAUAUGGAGCUGGCCAAGAAAAAUUUUGAACAGCGCAGUGACCUCAAGUACCAUGAGGACUACAACAAGAACGUCAAGGGCCACUGGUGUGAGACGCCUUACAUUGAGGUGGCCGUUGCCAGGGUAGCUAUGGACAACCUCAGCAAUAAAAUGUACACGGCUGCGUAUGAGGACAUAAAAGACCAAAUCAAUUUUAUGCAAACCGAGACGCCAGAAUACAAACAGCACAAGAAGGCUGGUCACGCUGCUAGCUCGAUCAAAUACAAGAAGGAUUACGAGAACAGCAAAUCGGUAGCUGACUACAACGUUCUCCCAGCCACAGACAACCCUCUGCUCAGGCAGCUGAGAUAUGCUGGCACCAUCUUGAGUGAUAAAGUCUACAAGGCCAGCUAUGAGAAAUCGAGGGGGUCAAGUAUCAACUACUGUGACACGCCCAAAUUCAAAAUGGACUCUGUUGUACAACAGUUCAGUGACGCACAUUAUAAAGACAAGUAUGAGAAUGAGGUGAAGGGCCACUAUAUUGGCAGCUAUGAAGAUAUCUACACACAACACUGCAAGAAAAUGGAGGAGAUCAAGAGCGAACAAAACUACAAAGCUGAUUAUGAGGACAUCAAGACAAGAUGUUUCUAUCCUCAAACCAUGUCACCAGAAUAUGAAGCUCAUAAGAAAGUUGCCCAGUGUAAAGAUAAAGUGUACCGGCAACAUCCGGAUACGGUGAAGUUUACGCAAGUGACAGACUCGCCUGUUCAAGUGCAAGCUGCCAUCAACGCCAAACAGCUGAGUGCCCUCAACUAUCACGCAGCGUAUGAGUUGGAUAAAUUUAAGUGUGCCCUGCCCCCAGACUACCCCUUCUUCAUCCAGUCCAGAGCCAAUGCAUAUAACCUUAGUGAUAGCUGUUAUAGGCAUGAGUGGGAGAACGUGAAAGCCAAGCAGUUCGAGGUCAAGGGUGAUGCUAUCUCGAUCCUUGCAGCCCGUGCCCACACAAACAUAGCGAGUGAUGUCAAAUACAAGAAGGAAUUUGAGAAAAACAAGGGAAAGAUGGUGGGAGCCCUCAGCAUCCAUGACGACCCCAAGAUGCUACACUCCAUACACGUGGCCAAAAUCCAGAGUGAUCGUGAGUACAAGAAGAACUACGAGAAGACAAAGACCAAGUACAUCACCACGUUGGACAUGAUGUCCAACACCCUGGCCAAGAAGUCCCAGGGUAUCGCCAGCAUGGCCGGCUAUAGGACCAUCCACAACCGCUACCUCCUUCCUCAUGACGCCAUGUCCCUGGACCUGGCCAAGAAGGCCAACAUCAUCCAGAGUGACUAUGAAUACCAUUCAGACUACAACAACUCCACCAAGGGCUCUGGUUGGGUCGCCUUUGGCUCCAUGGAAGUGGAGAAGGCCAAGAAAGCUGGAGAUAUCCUCAAUGAGAGAAAGUACCGUCAGCACCCAGACACUGUCCCCUUCACCUCCAUCGCUGAUCACCCCGUCAUGAUGCAGGCCCAGGUCAACCAGAUAAUGAGGAGUGAUCUUCACUACAAGAAGGGUCUUGAGGAGAUCCACCAGAAGUACUCGCUGCCCCAUAAUGACCCCCAGUUCCUUCAGGCCAAAUGCAACGCCUACAACAUCAGCAAGAACUACUACAAGCAGAGCUGGGAGGAAACCAUUGCAAAGGGCUACGACAUGAGGCCAGAUGCUAUCUCUGUCAUCCAUGCUAAGCACGGCAGACACAUUGCCAGUGAUAUCCAGUACAAGAAAGACUAUGUGAAGGGAAAGGGCAAACAAAUCGGCUGCCGCACUCUUCAGGACGACCCCUUACUGGUGCACUACAUGGAGGUGGCCAGGUUGCAGAGUGACAAGAACUACAAGAAGGACUACCACAAGUCCAAGCUGAAGUUCCACUCUCCAGUUGACAUGAUGAGUGUUGUACAUGCCAAGCACGCCUCCACAGUGCAGACCUUUGCUGGCUACAGGAAGAUCCAGCACCACUACAGUCUUCUGCCUGGGGCCAUGAACCUUGAGCUGGCUCGCACCAUGAACACCAAUGCCAGUGAUGUGAACUACAAAGCGGACUGGGAGAACUCUGUGAAGGGAACUGGCUGGAUCCCCAUCGGAUCCAUUCCUGUGGAGCUAGCCAAGCAGGCCGGGGCUGUUCUGGAUGAGCACAAGUACAGGCAGCACCCUGAAAACUUUAAAUUCACCAGCAAGAUGGACGGCAUGAAUAUGGAGCUGUGCAAGCAUAACCAAAAGAUCAUGAAUGUUCAAGAAUAUAAAGCCAGUGGAGAGAAGUUCCUGCACACCUACAAUCUCCCUGCAGAUGCACCAGAGUUUAUGCAAGCCAAAUACAACGCUGUCAACAUCAGCAAGAACUAUUACACAUACGCUCACCGUCAAGACAUUCUCAAAGGACACCAGGUGAAGGCAGAUGCCAUCCCCAUCCUCGCUGCCAGGGCCUGCACUAAUAUUGCCAGCAAUUACAAGUAUAAGCUGGCGUACGAGAAGGGAAGAGGCAAGCAUGUCGGCUUCCGCAAUGUUAAGGACGACCCCUUGCUGGUGCACUACAUGGAGGUGGCUAAAAUGCAGAGUGAGCAGAACUACAAGAAAGACUACCACAAGUCAAAGCUGAAGUAUCACUCUCCAGUUGACAUGAUGAGUCUUGUGCAUGCUAAGCACGCCUCCGCAGCACAGACCUUUGCUGGCUACAGGAAGAGCCUUCACAACUACACUCUUCUCCCUGAGGCUAUGCCUAUUCAGCUGGCUCACACCAUGAUGGAGAUCCAGAGCAACAACGCCUACAAGUCCGACUACAACAACAUGUACAAGGGUUCUGGCUGGGUUCCUAUUGGCUCUAUGCAGGUAGAGUUGGCUAAGACAGCCAUGGCAGCCCGAGAUGAGCAAGGCUACCGUGUGCACCCCAGCACCCUGAAGUUCACCAGUCUGACUGGCCAGAUGAGCAUGGCCCUUGCCAUGACCAACACUAAGCUACUUGAUGAUGCUUCAUACAGAGCAUCUGGCGAGAAGUUCAAGCACACCUACAACCUGCCUGCAGACAGCCCCCAGUUCCUCCAGGCCAAGUGCAACGCUCAGACCAUGAGCGAGUCUCACUACAAGCACAAGUGGAUGGAAGAUAUUGCCAAAGGAUACGACAUGAAGCCAGAUGCUAUCUCUGUCAUCCAUGCUAAGCACGGCAGACAUAUUGCCAGUGAUAUCCAAUACAAGAAAGACUAUGUGAAGGGAAAGGGCAAACAAAUCGGCUGCCGCACUCUUCAGGACGACCCCUUACUGGUGCACUACAUGGAGGUGGCCAGGUUGCAGAGUGACAAGAACUACAAGAAGGACUACCACAAGUCCAAGCUGAAGUUCCACUCUCCAGUUGACAUGAUGAGUCUUGAACACGCUAAGCACGCCUCCACAGUGCAGACCUUUGCUGGCUACAGGAAGAUCCAGCACCACUACACUCUUACUGCUGACUCCAUGAACCUUGCAUUGGCUCGCACCAUGAAUGCCAGUUCCAGUGACUUUGAGUACAAGUCUGACUGGAACAACUCUGUGAGAGGAACAGGAUGGAUUCCUAUUGGCUCAUUGCCGGUGGAACUUGCAAAGGUUGGCGGGGACAUCCAGAGUGAACAAAAGUACCGUACACACCCCUCUAAAUUCCAGUUCAAGAAGCUGAUGGACUCUAUGGACAUUGUCCUGGCCACUGACAACAACAAGAUCAUGAACAAGCAAGAAUACACCAAACAAUGGCACAAUGACAAGCUCACAGUCCAUGUGAUGCCAGAUGCCCCUGAAAUUGUCCUGGCGAAGGCUAAUGCUAUCAACAUGAGUCAGAAAAUCUACAAAGCAGGCCUGGCGAAGAUGUAUAAGAAGGGUUACGAUCUGAAGGUUGAUGCCAUCGCCAUUCAGGCUGCCAAGCAGGGCACCAAAAUCGCCAGUGACUACAAGUACAAGCUGAGUCACCGGAUGAAUAGGGGAAAACAAGUGGGCUGCCGCACUCUUCAGGACGACCCCUUACUGGUGCACUACAUGGAGGUGGCCAGGUUGCAGAGUGACAAGAACUACAAGAAGGACUACCACAAGUCCAAGCUGAAGUUCCACUCUCCAGUUGACAUGAUGAGUGUUGUACAUGCCAAGCACGCCUCCACAGUGCAGACCUUUGCUGGCUACAGGAAGAUCCAGCACCAUUACACUGUGCUUUCUGAUGCCAUGAACGUGGAGUUGGCUAAGCAGAUGCAGACAAUCGCCAGUGAUAAUCUGUACAAAAGUGACUAUGAGACAAGCGUCAAAGGCACAGGAUGGAUUCCCAUUGGUUCUCUGGAUGUAGAGAGAGCCAAAACAGCUGGCCUGAUUGGCAGUGAGAAACUGUACCGCCAACACCCCAGCAGCUUUAAGUUUACCAAGGACAUGCACUCCAUGGACGUCAUCCUGGCCAAUGCUAACAAUGCAAUCAUGAACAAGCAAACGUACGUUGACGCCUGGAAUAAGGAUAAGACCUGUGUCCACAUCAUGCCAGACUCAAUGGAGGUGGUGUUGGCCAGAGCCAACAAGAUCAACUGCAGUGCUUCACUAUAUAAGCUUGCCAAUGAACAGGACAAGAAGAAGGGUUAUGACCUGCGCAAUGAUGCUAUUGCAAUCCUGGCAGCCAAACAGGGCACAUCCAUUGCUAGCGAUUUCAAAUACAAGGCUGGCUACCGUAAGCAGGUUGGCCACCACAUUGGAGCCCGCUGUGUCGAGGAAGACCCUCUGCUCAUGCUGGCUAUUAACUCAGCCAAGAUUGCCAGUGAUGCUCUGUACAAGAAGGACUUCCACCAGUCCAAGACCAAGUUCCAUCUCCCAUUGGACAUGAUGGCCUUUGAGUUGGCCAAGAAGAACCAGAUCCAGGUCAACCACGCCAAAUAUGUAACUCGACUGCACAACUGGACCUGUCUGCCAGACUCCACUGAUGUUGUCCAUGCCAGACAUGUCUAUGACAUAGCAAGUGAUGCUGUGUAUAAGGCUGAACUAAAGAGCCUGCAAGGUAUCGGAUGGGUUCCCAUCGGCUCACUUGAUGUUGAGAAGGCAAAGAAAGCCGCCGAUGUCCUGAGUGAGAAGCUGUAUCGUCAGCACCCAAGCAACUUCAAGUUCACCAGCUCAGUUCAAGACAUUGGAAUGGUUUUGGCUAAACAAAAUAAUGAUAAUGCCAACAAGCAAGCUUAUACUGAGGCCUGGGAGAAGGACAAGAUUAAGAACCACAUUAUGCCAGAUGCGAUGGACAUUGUUUUGGCCAAUGCAAACAAGUCCAACUACAGUUGGAACCAAUACAGGAAAGCAAUGAUAGAGGAUAAGAAGAAGGGAUAUGAUUUGCGCAAUGAUGCCAUUGCUGUCAUCGCAGCCAAGCACGGCAGGGAAAUUAUCAGUGAUCACAAGUACAAGACUGGCUACCGUAAGCAGAUUGGCCACCACAUUGGAGCCCGCUGUGUCGAGGAAGACCCUCUGCUCAUGCUGGCUAUUAACUCAGCCAAGAUUGCCAGUGAUGCUCUGUACAAGAAGGACUUCCACCAGUCCAAGACCAAGUUCCAUCUCCCAUUGGACAUGAUGGCCUUUGAGUUGGCCAAGAAGAACCAGAUCCAGGUCAACCACGCCAAAUAUGUAACUCGACUGCACAACUGGACCUGUCUGCCAGACUCCACUGAUGUUGUCCAUGCCAGACAUGUCUAUGACAUAGCAAGUGAUGCUGUGUAUAAGGCUGAACUAAAGAGCCUGCAAGGUAUCGGAUGGGUUCCCAUCGGCUCACUUGAUGUUGAGAAGGCAAAGAAAGCCGCCGAUGUCUUGAGUGAGAAGCUGUAUCGUCAGCACCCAAGCAACUUCAAGUUCACCAGCUCAGUUCAAGACAUUGGAAUGGUUUUGGCUAAACAAAAUAAUGAUAAUGCCAACAAGCAAGCUUAUACUGAGGCCUGGGAGAAGGACAAGAUCAAGAACCACAUUAUGCCAGAUGCGAUGGACAUUGUUUUGGCCAAUGCAAACAAGUCCAACUACAGUUGGAACCAAUACAGGAAAGCAAUGAUAGAGGAUAAGAAGAAGGGAUAUGAUUUGCGCAAUGAUGCCAUUGCUGUCAUCGCAGCCAAGCACGGCAGGGAAAUUAUCAGUGAUCACAAGUACAAGACUGGCUACCGUAAGCAGAUUGGCCACCACAUUGGAGCCCGCUGUGUUGAGGAAGACCCUCUGCUCAUGCUGGCUAUUAACUCAGCCAAGAUUGCCAGUGAUGCUCUGUACAAGAAGGACUUCCACCAGUCCAAGACCAAGUUCCAUCUCCCAUUGGACAUGAUGGCCUUUGAGUUGGCCAAGAAGAACCAGAUCCAGGUCAACCACGCCAAAUAUGUAACUCACCUGCACAACUGGACCUGUCUGCCAGACUCCACUGAUGUUGUCCAUGCCAGACAUGUCUAUGACAUAGCAAGUGAUGCUGUGUAUAAGGCUGAACUAAAGAGCCUGCAAGGUAUCGGAUGGGUUCCCAUCGGCUCACUUGAUGUUGAGAAGGCAAAGAAAGCCGCCGAUGUCUUGAGUGAGAAGCUGUAUCGUCAGCACCCAAGCAACUUCAAGUUCACCAGCUCAGUUCAAGACAUUGGAAUGGUUUUGGCUAAACAAAAUAAUGAUAAUGCCAACAAGCAAGCUUACACUGAGGCCUGGGAGAAGGACAAGAUCAAGAACCACAUUAUGCCAGAUGCGAUGGACAUUGUUUUGGCCAAUGCAAACAAGUCCAACUACAGUUGGAACCAAUACAGGAAAGCAAUGAUAGAGGAUAAGAAGAAGGGAUAUGAUUUGCGCAAUGAUGCCAUUGCUGUCAUCGCAGCCAAGCACGGCAGGGAAAUUAUCAGUGAUCACAAGUACAAGACUGGCUACCGUAAGCAGAUUGGCCACCACAUUGGAGCCCGCUGUGUCGAGGAAGACCCUCUGCUCAUGCUGGCUAUUAACUCAGCCAAGAUUGCCAGUGAUGCUCUGUACAAGAAGGACUUCCACCAGUCCAAGACCAAGUUCCAUCUCCCAUUGGACAUGAUGGCCUUUGAGUUGGCCAAGAAGAACCAGAUCCAGGUCAACCACGCCAAAUAUGUAACUCGACUGCACAACUGGACCUGUCUGCCAGACUCCACUGAUGUUGUCCAUGCCAGACAUGUCUAUGACAUAGCAAGUGAUGCUGUGUAUAAGGCUGAACUAAAGAGCCUGCAAGGUAUCGGAUGGGUUCCCAUCGGCUCACUUGAUGUUGAGAAGGCAAAGAAAGCCGCCGAUGUCCUGAGUGAGAAGCUGUAUCGUCAGCACCCAAGCAACUUCAAGUUCACCAGCUCAGUUCAAGACAUUGGAAUGGUUUUGGCUAAACAAAAUAAUGAUAAUGCCAACAAGCAAGCUUAUACUGAGGCCUGGGAGAAGGACAAGAUCAAGAACCACAUUAUGCCAGAUGCGAUGGACAUUGUUUUGGCCAAUGCAAACAAGUCCAACUACAGUUGGAACCAAUACAGGCAAGCAAUGGUAGAGGAUAAGAAGAAGGGAUAUGAUUUGCGCAAUGAUGCCAUUGCUGUCAUCGCAGCCAAGCACGGCAGGGAAAUUAUCAGUGAUCACAAGUACAAGUCAGGCUACCGCAAGCAAAUUGGACACCACAUUGGAGCCCGCUGCGUCGAGGAUGACCCUCUGCUCGUGUUGGCUCUGAACUCAGCCAAGAUUGCCAGUGAUGCUCUGUACAAGAAGGACUUCCACCAGUCCAAGACCAAGUUCCAUCUCCCAUUGGACAUGAUGGCCUUUGAGUUGUGCAAGAAGAACCAGAUCCAAGUCAACAACUUCAACUACAGAACUCACCUACACAACUGGACCUGUCUGCCAGACUCCACUGAUGUUGUCCAUGCCAGACAUGUCUAUGACAUAGCAAGUGAGGCGGUGUACAGGGCUGACAUGAAGUGGCUCAGGGGAAUUGGAUGGGUCCCCAUUGGCUCACUUGAUGUGGAAAAAGCCAAGAAGGCCGGCGAGAUCUUGAGUGAGAAGAAAUACCGCCAGCACCCCAGCACUCUGGACUUCAAAAGCCCACUCGACGGCAUGGAUAUCGUUCUGGCCAAACAUAACGGCCAGAUCAUGAACAAGCGGCAGUAUGUUGAACAAUGGGAUGCUGAUAAGAUCAAGAUCCACGUCGGCAAUGAGCUUCCAGAACUUGUGCUGGCCAAGGCCAAUGCGAUCACCAUGAGCAAUAAACUGUACAAACAAGGAUUUGAUGAAACCAUCAAGAAGGGUUAUUUCCUUCCUGUCGAUGCUCUCUCUGUCAAGGCUGCCAAGCACGGUAGAGAGAUUAUCAGUGAUUACAAGUACAAGGCUGGCUACAGCAAGCAAGUUGGCCACCACAUUGGAGCCCGCUGUGUCGAGGAAGACCCUCUGCUCAUGCUGGCUAUUAACUCAGCCAAGAUUGCCAGUGAUGCUCUGUACAAGAAGGACUUCCACCAGUCCAAGACCAAGUUCCAUCUCCCAUUGGACAUGAUGGCCUUUGAGUUGUGCAAAAAGAACCAGAUCCAGGUCAACGACUUCAACUACAGAACUCACCUGCACAACUGGACCUGUCUGCCAGACUCCACUGACGUCGUCCAUGCAAGGAGAGUCUACGAUCUGCACAGUGACGCUGUCUACCGUGCUGACAUGGAGUUCAUUAGAGGUACUGGCUGGGUCCCCAUUGGCUCUCUGGAUGUGUUGAAAGCUAAGAAAGCUGCAGAGAUUCUGAGCGAUCGCCUCUACAAGCAGAAACCAGAUUCUCUUAAAUACACCACUGACAUGCACUCCAUGCCUAUGGUGCUGGCCAAGGCCAAUGCUGAGAUCAUAAACAAGGGCAACUAUGUUGCACAAUGGGAUGUUGAUAAGAUCAAAAUCCACGUCGGCAAUGAGCUUCCAGAACUUGUGCUGGCCAAGGCCAAUGCGAUCAACAAUAGCAACAAACUCUACAAAGCUGAAUUAGAGGAGUUGUACAGGAAGGGCUAUAACCUGAAAAGCGAUUGCAUCGCCAUCAAAGCUGCCAAGCAUGGUAGAGAGAUCAUCAGUGACGUCAAGUACAAGGCUGGCUACAGCGAGCAGGUUGGCCACCACAUUGGAGCCCGCUGUGUCGAGGAAGACCCUCUGAUCAUGCUGGCUAUGAACUCAGCCAAGAUUGCCAGUGAUGCUCUGUACAAGAAGGACUUCCACCAGUCCAAGACCAAGUUCCACCUCCCAGUGGACAUGCUGACCAUUGAAUUGGCCAAGAAAUGCCAGAUGCAGGUCAAUGAUUUCAACUACAGAACUCGCCUGCACAACUGGACCUGUCUGCCAGACUCCAGUGAUGUCGUCCAGGCCAGGAAGGUCUACGCUUUGCAUAGUGACGCUGUGUACAGGGCUGAUAUGGAAUGGCUCAAAGGCACUGGUUGGGUCCCUAUUGGCUCGAUCGACGUUGAGAAAGCCAAGAAGGCCGCCGAGAUCCUGAGCGAGAGGAAAUAUCGCGAGCACCCAAGCAAUUUCAAGUUUACCGCCACAACCAACGACAUGCCUUAUGCUUUGGCUACGGCCAAUGCCCAGAUAAUGGACAAGCACCAGUACGUUCAACAGUGGGAGGCUGAUAAGGUCCAAAUCCACGUCGGCAAUGAGCUUCCAGAACUUGUGCUGGCCAAGGCCAACGCGAUCACCAUGAGCAAUAAACUCUACCGUGAGGGAUUUGACGAGAUGAUCGGACAGGGAUAUCACCUGGAUAAGGAUGCCAUUGCUGUCCAACAUGCCAAGAAGAGCAGAGAGAUCAUCAGUGAUUACAAGUACAAGGCCGGCUUCCGCAAUCAGUGUGGCCACCAUAUUGGAGCCCAGUGCGUUGAGGAUGACCCUCUGCUUGUGUUGGCCGCCAAUGCAGCCAGGAUCUCCAGUGAUAUUAACUACAAGAAGGACUUCCACCUCACCAAGACCAAGUUCAGCAUUCCACUUGACAUGAUGUCCGUUGACUUGGCCAAGAAAAGCCAGUUCCAGAUCCAAGAAUUCACCUACAGAACUAAACUGCACAACUGGACCUGCAUGCCAGACAACACUGAUGUUGUCCGCGCCAGGAAGGUCUACUCUCUGCAUAGUGACGCUGCGUACAGGGCUGAUCUGGAGUGGCUCCGAGGGUGCGGCUGGUUGCCCCAGGGUUCUGUGGAUGUCAUUAAGGCUAAAAAUGGCCAAACUAUUCUCAACGAAAGGCUGUACCGCCAGCCCCCCAGCUCUAUCAAGUUCACCAGUGUUGUCGACUCUCCAGAGGUUGUCCUGUCGAAGCAGAACGCUGAGAUCCUCAGUGAUAGGAAAUAUAGAGAGGUUUGGGAUACUGAGAAGACCAAUAUCCACCUGAACAAUGACCUUCCUUCUCUGGUGCUGUCCAAGGCUAAUGCUAUCGCCAUCAGCAAUAAACUAUACACUAAGGAUUGGGAUGCCGACAAGGCUAAGGGAUACCACAUCAAGGAGGACGCCAUCGCUGUGCUGAAGGCCAGAAAAUCUAGAGACAUCAUCAGCGACUACAAAUACCACGAGGGCUACCGCAAGCAGGUUGGCCACCACAUUGGAGCCCGCUGUGUCGAGGAAGACCCUCUGAUCAUGUUGGCUAUGAACUCAGCCAAGAUUGCCAGUGAUGCUCUGUACAAGAAGGACUUCAACAAGUCCAAGACCAAGUUCCACCUCCCAGUGGACAUGCUGACCAUUGAACUGGCCAAGAAAUGCCAGGUCCAGGUCAACGACUUCAACUACAGAACUCACCUGCACAACUGGACCUGUCUGCCAGACUCCACUGAUGUCGUCCAGGCCAGGAAAACCUAUGAUCUGCAGAGCGAUGCGGUGUACAAGGCUGAUCUGGAGUGGCUUAGGGGAUGUGGUUGGAACCCCCAUGAGUCUGUGGAGGUGUUGAAAGUGAAACACGCCCAAGCGGUCCUGGCUGACAGAGGCUACCGUGUCAAGUUGGAUCAGCAGAAGUUCACAGCUCCUGUGGACAGAAUAGACAUGGUUUGCGCCAAGAAUGCUGCAGAGAUCCUCAAUGAGGCUAAUUACCGUGCACUGUGGCACACAGAGAAGACUAAGUACACGGUCACAGACACCCCAGGAUUGGCAACAGCAAGAGAGGUGGCCAAGAAUCUCCAUCCGAAACUAUACACCAAGGACUGGGAUAAGGUCAAAGCUACCGGCUUCUUCAUGCCCGGAGAUGCUGUUCCCAUCAAGCAGUGCAUCCACAACAAUAAAGUCCAGAGUGACCACAAAUACAAGACAGAAUAUCGCAAGCAGGCUGGCCACCACAUUGGAGCCCGCUGUGUCGAGGAUGACCCUCUGCUCGUGCUGGCUAUUAACUCAGCCAAGAUUGCCAGUGAUGCUCUGUACAAGAAGGACUUCCACCAGUCCAAGACCAAGUUCCAUCUGCCAGUGGACAUGUUGUCCUUUGAGCUGGCUAAAAAAUGCCAGUUCCAGGUCAACGACGACCACUACAGGACCCGUCUACAUAACUGGACCUGUCUGCCAGACUCCACUGAUGUCACACAGGCCCGCAAAGCCUACGACCUUCAGAGUGACGUUGUCUACAAGGCCGAUUUGGAGUGGCUCCGUGGAUGUGGAUGGGUUGCUGCCGAUUGUGUCGAUCACGUCAAAGUCAGGAAUGCCCAAAAGAUCAUGAACGAGAGGCUUUACAAGAAGGAUGCCAAAGACAACUUUGCCAAAUACACACACAUCGUGGAUCGUCCUGAGCAUAUCCUGGCCACCAUCAAUGCUUUUAACCUCAGUGAUCUGAAAUACAAGGAGACCUUCAAUGCAGAGAAGGGCAAGUACAUCGGCUCAGAGGACACACCCCAGCUGGCCCAUAGCAGAGAGGUCGCCAAGGUCAUCAGUGAGAAAUACUACAAACUGCCCUGGGAUGAAAGCAAAGCCACUGGUUACCAGCUGGACGCCCAUUACAUCCCUGUAGUCGGAGCCAAGAAGACCAGGGAGAUUGUCAGCGAUGCUAAGUACCAUGACGCCCAUGAGAAGGCCAAGGGCCACUACCUGGCUGGCACCCUGGUGGACUUCCCUGAGGUGAUGCGCUGUGGAGAACAGGAGAAACAGAAGGGCCUGAGGAAUUACCAGAAGGAGUAUAAUACCAACAAGACCAAGAACCACAUCCCCGCUGACAUCAUUCCCAACAUGGUGGCUAAGAGGUGCCAGGACAUGCUCAGUGACGUGCUGUAUCGCACCUUACUGCACAACUGGACCUGCCACCCCGACCAGCAGGACAUUAUCAGAGCCCGCAAGAACAAUGAGAUCCUGAGUGAUGUGUACUACAAAGAAGACCUGAACUGGACAAAGGGAAUUGGUUGCUAUGUUUGGGACACACCUGAGCUUGUCCGUGCCAAGAAUGCCUACCUGCUGCAGAGCGAACUCAAAUACAAGGAGGAGGGUAAGAAGGAAUUCAACAACUACUCCAUCGUGACAGACACCCCUAUCUAUGUGACUGCUCUCCUGGGCCACACCUGGGCCAGUGAUCUGAACUAUAGGGAGGCUUACCAGAAAGACAAGCAUAUCUAUACCACAAUUCUGGAUACCUAUGACUAUGCACACAAUGCCAACCUCAAGGACAUCUACAGCACCAAAGCAUAUACAUCUGCCUGGGACAAGAUCAAGGCUAAGGAUUACACGCUGCCAUCAGACUCCCACGCCCUGAAACACGCCAAACAACAGAAGGUCAUCCUCAGCAAUGUUAAAUACAGGGAGGAUUAUGAGAAGUUCAAGUCCCUCUACACCCUGCCCAAGUCCCUUGAGGACGACCCACAAACUCUCCGCUGCCUCAAAGCUGGAAAGAUGGGUCUUGACCGCUUGUACAAGGCGGACUAUGAGAAGACCAAGGCAAAGAACCACAUCCCCCCAGAUAUGCUAGAUGUCCUCUCAGCCCGUCAAACCCAGAACCACGUCAGUGAGAUCGGUUACAGGAAGCACCUGCACCAGUGGAUCUGCAUGCCUGAUAUGCAGGUGUACGUCCAGGCACGCAAGGUCAACGAGCAGCUCAGCGACAUCUUCUACAAGGAGGACCUGACCUGGCUGAGGGGAAUUGGCUGCUAUGCCUGGGACACCCCUGAGAUCCUGCGAGUCAAGGCUGCUGACAAACUGCAGAGCGAUAACAAGUACAGAGCCAAGGGCAUUGAGGCGUUCAAGGAUUACUCUGUGGUCAUCGACACUCCUACCUAUGAGACUGCAAAACUGAGUUCUCAGAACCUGAGCGAUCUCCACUACCGCAACGACUACGCCACCAAUGUCAAGGGAACUAACUCCUCCCCCGCUGUCACCGUGGAUACAGAGAGGGCACGCCUAGCCAACUUCAACCAGAGUGAUAACUUGUACAAGGAGGCCAACAAGAACUCCAUGCCCACUGGCUACUCUCUUCCUCAUGACAAUCCUCUCAUGAAGCAGGCGAAACUAAAUUCCAUUGUUGCCAGCAGCGUGAAGUACAAGAAUGACUAUGAAAAGUCAAAGGCUACGAACUAUACCAUGGAUCCAGAAGGUGUCAGCUUCGUCAACAUCAGGAACGCCAACAAGGUCACCAACCCGCGUCUAUACCGUGAGCUGUAUGAGAAGGGCAAGGGCAAGAUCCACACCACCUAUGACACACCCGAGAUCAGACAGGUCAAGAUGACCCAGGAGGCCGUCAGCGACUUGUGUUACAAGGAGAAGUACUUCGCUAACAGAGGCACCAUGAUCCCCAUGGGCAUCACUCCCCAGAUGAUACACUGUAACCACGUCAACGAGAUCACCAGUGACCUGAGAUACAAGGAGGACCUUCUGUGGCUGAGAGGCAUUGGCUGCUUCCUGUAUGACACACCUGAGAUGUCUACUGUCCGCAACAUUACCAAGUUUAGAGCCAACUAUGAAGUUGAGGCAAAGAAGAACCAUGCCAACUUCACUGUGGUCCUGGACACACCAGAGUACCAGCGCGUCACUGAGCUAAAGACCCACAUGAGCGACCUGAUGUACAGAGCCCAGGGCAAUGUGGACAAGACCAAGUGCACCACCACCCUGGACUCCAUCGAUGUCAAGAGAGUCAAAUGGGCCCAACAGCUCAGCAACAAGUAUACGUACACUGACCUGGCUUCCAAGGAGAGGGCCCACUUCACUCCGGAGGUGGACACCCCAAUAAUGGACCACGCCAGGGCUAUGAAGGUGGUCUUCAGCGAGAUCAAAUACAAAGAUCAGUAUGAGAAGAUGAAGCACAAGUACACUAGCAUCCAUGACACACCCAUCCUGGUCAGGGCCAAGAAGGCCUACCUACAAUCCAGUGAUCUGCGCUACAAGGAGAGCUUUGAGCGAUCCAAGGGACAUUACCACAGUGUCAAGGAUGCCCUGGAUAUCGUGUGUCACCGUAGGGUCACCGAUGACAUCAGCGAGGUCAAAUACAGAGAGAAGUACAUCAACUCUCUGGGUACAUGGAGAUCUAUGCCCGACCGCCCAGAGUUUUUCCACAGCAGAAUCAUCGGUGAAAACAUCAGCGAUAUCAAGUACAAGGAAGAUCUGGAUUGGCUGAAGGGUAUUGGCUGCUACGUGUGGGACAGACCUGAGAUGGUCCAGGCUGAGAAGAACAAGGUCCUCUUCAGUGAGAGACUCUAUAAAGCAACUUUCGAGAAGAACAGACACCACUUCAAGUAUACCUGUGACACUCCAUUCUUCCAGGCCACCAAGAAUGCCUCCGUUAUUAUCAACGAUGUAAGUCACAGGUCAGUGGACAGGGUGCUCUUAAAGAACGGUUGCAAUGAGCUGCUCCGCCCAGACAUCCUCAGCUCCAUUUACCAGUCCAGCGAGCAGUGUAAGUGGAAGUACAGGGAGCAGUAUGAGCGCGCUAAGAACAAGUUCACCUCCAUCCUGGAGACUCCCGAGCAUGAGAGCCACAAACGCAGCAAAGCCAUCAGAGACAAUGUCUACAAGAUGGAGUAUAACAAGAACAAGGCUAAGGGCUACACCCUGGGCCAUGACACUCCACACAGCGCACACAUGAAGAAGGUCAAGGAGAUCACCAGCGUGCUGAAGUACAAGGAGGUAUAUGAGAGGAGCAAGGCCCAGAUCAACAUGGACCCUGAAUCCUUUGAAAUCCGCGCUGCCAAGGAAGCCUACAAGAACAUCAGCAAUCUGGACUACAGGAAGAAGUACCAGGCCACCAAGAACAAGUGGAUCUGGACUGUCGACAGACCUGACUUUAUCCAAGCUGCCAAGGCCAACUUCCAGCAGAGUGAUAUUGAGUACACGUAUGACAAGGAGAUGAUGAAGGGCUGUGUGAUCUCCAUCGUGGACGACAAGUUAGCCGUCCUGGCUAAGAUGAAUGCUGACUUAAGCAAUGUGAAAUACAGAGAGAAGUUUGAGAAGGCAAAGGGUCAGUAUAAGACUGUUCUGGACACUCCUACUAACCUUCAUGCCAAGUCAGUGCGCAUUCUGGCAUCUGAGAGCAAAUACAAGCUGGCUGGCAAGAUGGAGCAGCAGACCGGACAAUUCACCACUCUGCCCACGACCCGUGACACCAUCCACGCCAAGGACAUGGGCAAACUGGUCAGCGAGAAACAGUACAAGCAGAAGUUUGAGAAGGAGAAGGGCAAGUCCAAGUACAACAACAUGAGAGUGCCUCCCGAUGUGCAGCACGCCAUGGAUGUAGCCAAGAAUCAGAGCAAUUUUGCCUACAGGCAGGAGGCUAAGGCCAAGCUCAACUACACCUCUGUGGCUAUGCGCCCAGACAUCAUGAGGGCUACACAGGCCUCCAAGCUCGCCAGCAAUAUUGGCUACCGUGAGAAGGCUCGCCAGGAGGCUGCCCAUGGAGGUUCCCUGGUCCACCGUCCAGACAUCGCUCUGGCCACUGCGGUGUCCAAGCUUAACAGCCAGGAGGAGUUGGAAGCCAGGCCCUCCCUCCACGGAGCUGCUUCCAUCGAUACUCCUCAGAGCCGCCACCUUAAGAAAAUGAGUGCUCUGACUAGUAAUGUGCAGUACAAGGCCAAGUAUGACAAGGAGAAGGGGCUCAGGCCAAAGUAUGACAUGAAGGAAAGUGUUGUUUACAAGACUCAGAAGGAUGCACACCAGCUGGCUAGUGAGGUGAAGUACAAGGGUGACCUGAAGAAGCUGCACAAACCUGUAACCGACAUGGCAGAGUCUCUGUCCAUGCAGCACAACCUGAGCACCAGCAAGCUGUCCAGUGACUACCAGUACAAGAAGAAACAUGAGGACAUUAAGGGUCACUACCUCAUGAUUGCUGACUCACCAGAACAGCUUCAUCACAAGGAGGCUUCAGAACGACAGAGUCACGUGAAGUACAAGGAGAAGUAUGAGAAGGCUAAAGGAAAGGCCAUGCUGGACUUCGAGACCCCCACCUAUGUGACGGCUAAGGAAGCCCAGCACAUGCAGAGCGCGAGAGAUUACAGGAGGGAUCUAGAGGAGGGGGUGAAGGGUAAAGGGCUAACUGUUUUUGAGGAAACUCCUGAGCUUUUGAGAGCAAGGAAUGCCACUGCUAUCCUGAGUCAGAAAGAGUACAAGAAGGAAUUGGAGACAGAGAUCAAGGGCAAGGGAAUGUUGGCAUUGGCUACAGACACGCCAGACUUCAUGAGGGCUAGGAAUGCUACAGACAUCCUCAGCCAGCAAAAGUACAAGCAGACUGCCGAGGCGGACAGGGCUAGCUACACUAGUGUUAUCGACACCCCUGACAUCCUCCACGCACAGAAUAUCAGGAACAUGGUCAGCCAGAAAAAGUACAGGGAGGAGGCUGAGAAGUGCAUGUCUCACUAUGUGCCCAUCCUGGACACGCCUGAGAUGAUGAGAGUCCGUGAGAAUCAGAAGAACUUCAGCACUCUUCAGUACCAGACAGACCACCUUAAAAACGUAAAAGGCAAAGUGUCAUCAAUAAAGGAAAGCCCUGAAAUGCUUUGUGUUAAAGAGAAUAGAAAGAUUUUCAACUCACUACUGUUUUCCUCCUCUUGCCGUUUAAAGAUUCAGAACAAAGAGGACUUGGGAGGAACAGCUCUGUCAGACACCCCAGAGAUGGACAGAGUUAGAUGCAAUCAGACAAACACUAUAGAAGUAGGUCAAGGACUCGUUGUUCGGGGCACAGCCAUCUCAGACCUACCGAGUGUGAAGAUCGUUCGUGAGAUGCAGAAGAACAUCAGCUCGGUACUCGAGUUUCUAUCUAUACAAAGAGGAGCAGCUAUAUCAGACCCCCCAGAGAUGGACAGAGUUAAACGCAACCAGCAACACAUUAGCAUGAUAAAGUACAAGGACUCGUUGUGUCGGUGCACAGCCAUCUCAGACCUACCGGAGGUGAAGAGGGUUCGUGAGAUGCAGAAGAACAUCAGCUCGGUGUUGUAUAAGGACAGUUCUGCCAAAGGAACGCCCCAGGUGUUCACUCCAGAGAUGGAGAGAGCGAAACGGAACCAAGAACAGAUUAGCUCGGUGCUGUACUCUGACAGCUUCCGUAAGCAGGUGCAGGGCAAGGCUGCCUUUGUGCUGGACACACCUGAGAUGAGACGCGUCAAGGAGACCCAGCGCAACAUAUCUGGAGUGAAAUACCACCAGGACUUUGAGAAGAGUAAGGGCAGCUUCACUCCCACCACCUCUGACCCCGUGAUGGACCGUGUGAAGAAGAACACCCAGGAGUUCAGCGACAUCAACUACCGUGGCAUCCAGAGACGCGUGGUGGAGAUGGAGAAGAGACGCGUGGUGGAGCACGAACAGGAGACAGUCACCGAUCUGCGUGUAUGGCGCACCAACCCCGGCUCUGUGUUUGACUACGACCCUGCUGAGGACAACAUCCAGUCCAGGAGUCUGCACAUGAUGUCAGUCCAAGCCCAGCGUCGCAGCAAGGAGCACUCCCGCUCCACCAGCGCUAUGAGUGGUGUUGGUGAUGAGAAGUCUGAGGUGUCUGAGGACCCAGCCCACCAUGUGUCCCUGUACAGCAAUGGCUUUGCUACCUCCUCCAUGGGUUACACACACACCAAGACUGUGGAGCUGCAGCAGAGGUCUUCCUCUGUAGCCACACAGCAGACCACUGUGUCCUCUGUCCCCUCCCACCCUUCCACCACCGGGAAAACUGUGCGUGCCAUGUACGACUACUCCUCUGCCGACAUGGACGAGGUCUCCUUCAAGGAUGGUGAUGUUAUCGUAAACGUGCAGUCCAUCGACGAGGGCUGGAUGUACGGCACUGUGCAGCGCUCAGGCAAGACUGGCAUGCUGCCGGCCAAUUACGUUGAAGCAAUCUAAAAGACAAGUCCCACCGACACAUCCACCUCGCUACCCGAUUGGCCGCCAUCUACGGUUGAAUCUGUCGUUUCGUAAACCUGUUAUAUGUGUAGAUUAUCGCUCAGAUUAGAUUUUUGUAGCUGUAGUAUUAGUAGUCUAUAGUGUUGAUACCCGUUUCCCAAGGCCCUGUGGAUGUGACAUGAGAAUCUGAAAUGUAUAAAAUACCUAUAUUGACUACUGUAGAAGAACAUUCAUCCUUUUCCAAGACCUUGUCUUGAAACAAUAUGACGAAAAACCCAUUAUUUUGUAAAUUGCAGACAGAACCUUAUUUAAUCAAUGUCAGUUAAAUAUUUUUGAAAAGCUUUACUGAAAGUUAACUUUCACACAAAAACAGAUGAGUUUACAUGCGAUUCAAACUUUCCUGUGAUGAAAAAGUGAAGUAUAUGGAUGAUAGGAAAGUGUACCGUAUGGAGAGAGUAAAGUUGUUUAAUCACCUAAAACCACAAGGGGUUGAUGAAGAAAAGACAGAUGUGUAACCUUGAGGUAUCAUCCAUCGAACCUAAAAACCAGGGCUCUGUUCCUGAGGAUGUAACAUUACGAAACGUACAGAUAUGAUUGGCUAUCAGAAUGAAUAGAGCGGACACGAUUCCCUCUUCUUAUUUCUAUCAGCAGCUUUGAGUUUCACCACCCAGUUUGAGAAGCCUCUUCCCUCCUGAAGUAGCCGAAGGCUGGUCACUCAUUGCAUGUGUUUCGUUCCCUCUGAUUACCUAGGUCUGGGGGUAAAGAAGUCAAAUACCGUUGAUCAGUAGAUAAUAAAACACCAACCUGCUGCACUA